UUUCGAUACACUUCUUCUCUCUCAUAAUUUCCAAACUCCCUCUCUCCUCCGUUUCUCGCAAAGGAUCGCGGAGCCCCCAUAUUUCUUUCUUUUCUCCCUUCUCCCUCCGUCUUCCAAGAGACAAGAGAGAGAGAGAGAGAGAGAGAGAGAGGGAUAGAAUCCUCAUAGUUGUAAUCAUUGUUGGAAACCAAUAAAGUCUCGAAGAUUAAUUGGGCACCCAAUUACGAGGCGAUUUUGGCGGUCUACAAUUCGAAAACUAAUCUCAAGAUUUUCUCUUUUCUGGGUUUCGAGGAUUUUUCUUGGUUUUGGCGAUUGGGUCCCCACCGGUGGAUCGUACUUGUCAAAAAGUUCGGAUUUUUUUUUCUUCACUUGCCAUUACAGAGGACCAUUGUGCAUUAACGAGAGAGAUUUUGAGAGAGUUUCGAUGAAUGAUGGUGGUUCUUUGAUGUAAUAUGGACGCAUUGGUAGUAAUUAAUACAAGAAGAAUAUGUCGCUUUACAUUGGUCGCGAGGCUUCAAAGCUAUGGAAGAGGAUUUACGCAGAAACCACAACAGAAAUCAACCUUCUUGCCGAGAACUGGAAGUAUCUUCUCGCGGGGCUAAUCUUUCAGUACAUCCAUGGACUAGCUGCUCGAGGAGUUCAUUACAUCCAUCGGCCUGGACCAACCCUUCAGGAUGUUGGGUACUUUCUUCUUCCGGAACUUGGGCAAGACAACGCUUACAUCAGUGAGACUGUAUUCUCCUUCAUCUUUCUAUCCUUUAUCUUGUGGUCCUUUCAUCCUUUCAUUUUCAAGAGCAAAAAAAUCUACACUGUGCUAGUUUGGUGCAGGGUUCUGGCCUUUUUAGUUGCUUGUCAGUUUCUCCGGAUCAUAACAUUCUACUCUACUCAGCUCCCUGGCCCGAACUAUCAUUGUCGCGAGGGUUCAAAGCUUGCCACGCUCCCUCGUCCAGAGAGUGUACUUGAAGUGCUAUUAAUCAACUUUCCUCGGGGUGUGAUAUACGGUUGUGGUGAUUUGAUAUUUUCAUCGCACAUGAUCUUCUCUCUAGUCUUUGUGCGCACGUAUCAGAAAUACGGAACACACAGGUUCAUCAAGCAGUGCGCAUGGUUAAUUGUGGUGGUCCAGAGCUUGUUGAUAGUAGCAUCCCGGAAGCAUUAUACAGUUGACGUUGUUGUGGCUUGGUAUACUGUUAAUUUGGUGGUUUUCUUCAUUGAUCAUAAGUUACCAGAAAUGCCUGACCGGCCUGGGGGUUUGGCAUUGUUGCUGCCGCUCAGUAAGGAUACCCGGACAAAAGAAGAGAUUCACAAGCUUGUAAAUGGGAACUCUGGAGAUCCUUUAGCUCAGAGGCUGAGAAGUCCGAGAAGUCCAGUGAACGGCAAGAUUCUCGAAGAUGCCAAUUCGGUCCAUGUUGACAAGAUGAUGAAUGGGGUGUAGAGAUAGUAUAAAGAUCAAUUGUGCUGAAAUUAUAUGAGCUGCUUCUGCAAUAUUUGGACUUCAGGUUUAGAGUAGUCACCGGCGGGUUUUUUGGAAUUGAAGGGUAGUGAUGUGUGUAUUCUAGUGGAAAUCGGAUAUGGGCAAAUCAAAUACGUUGCGGAUCAAUCUGGGCGCCUUCUUUUAUGGUUGAUGCCAUUUGCAACCACUACUUUCGUCGACAUGUACCAUGGAAAUUUCUCGAGUGUUUAUUUUGCGUUUGAUUCAA